AUGGCCUGGCAGUGGACUGGCCCGUGGAUAGGACAAAAUUUAUUCUGGUGUAACAAGAUUGCUGAUACAAUAGAAGUGUCUCGUCUGGACGGCAGCUAUCGUAAAAUCCUUAUAGAAGAUGGAUUACAAGAACCACGAGGUCUAGAGGUGCACCCGUUACGAGGAUACUUAUUCUACACAGAUUGGGGGGACCAGCCACACAUAUCUAGAGCACACAUGGACGGAACCCAUAUUGAACGUAUUAUUACCCAGAACCUUGCAUGGCCGAAUGGAUUAACGAUUGAUUAUGUGACGGAGAAAAUAUUCUGGUCUGAUGCAAGUUUGGAUUAUAUUAGUAUGGCAGAUCUUGAUGGCAGCAACCAGUUUGUCGUGAUCAAUAAAAACUUGCCGCAUACCUUCGCUCUAACGACAUUCAUGGACUACAUAUUUUGGACCGAUUGGGAAUCGAAGAGUAUUAACAGAGCUCACAAGUUUUCUGGAGAAAAUCGUACAACGAUUGUUAAAACAUCACACAGGCCUAUGGAUAUACAGGUCUAUCAUAAAAUGAGACAGACAAAAGAAGCAAAACAAUUUACUGGACAAAUAUCACCAGUAAAAACAGCUGGAUACGACGACUGGACUUUAAUAAGCAGUGAUGAUAAUGAGAUUGAAACAUUGCAUGAUGCAAGACAUGUGAAGAAUCCAGAUGGCCUGGCAGCCCACUAA